UCGUCUUACGCCAUCCCAUUAUUGGGGUCCGUUUUGUGGACCGUUGGGGGCUUUCCUGCAGACAGUUCAACAGAGACCGCGGUUCGAGCAAGACGUUUUGGCUUGCCUUUCCCUCCAUCCAUCAGUGCGAGAGCGAAGAACAACGUUCGGAAACGAACGACGACGAAUUGUGUGGUGCACCGUGUAGUCCCGCAAGGAGAAAACGGUAGCACUUGUAGAAGGCACAGACGUAGCAGACUAUACAGUUCCAGUCCGUCCAAUUCAGCAGAAAGCAAACCAAGCAGGAACGAACGGGGCUUAACGGACUUGCGCGCGUUUCCCCCUCGGGUCCUUCCCUCUUCCCCCACAUCACCCAAUAUCCGCGCAGAAUUCGGCGUGGCACUCGACGUGGGACACGAGACGAGAUGCCCUGAGGUCGUCCUUCGAGAGACCCCCUCCCCCUUGGUAAAGUGGUGUGUGACAUCGCAUCGGUGCGCGUCAGUGUGUUAGCUUGUCAGUGUUGGAAGAAACCGGAUGUGCGAGGAGCCGACAAGUGAGAGUGGUCAACAACGAAAACAGAUUGGAUUAGAGCCCGCGCAGAAGAAGUGAGUGUGUUACCACCAUCACGGGGAGAAAGAUCACGUUGCGGUGGAAAGUGUGUGCAUAGAGUGACAAAGUCGCGCGCGGCUGUGAGUGGAUUUAGCAGUGCGUGCACGUUUGACCGAAGCCCGAUCGAUCGUUGCUGGGGCGUCCGAAUAGCUCGGUGGUGCCAACUCGGAAGAAGAAAGCGAGAAAGUGAUUCGCUGAAAACAGCCACAACAGUACCAGUACCUAGUGCAGUGUGUCUCCGUGGUGCAGGUUCGCUUCGCGUCGCGCACCCGCCUUGUUUGGAUAAUUACCCGUGCAGGGGGAGAAAUUUGCGCACCAAGAGCGAAAAAGAUGUGAAAUUGGUGACAGUGGGAAGAGAUAUUUUUGGAAUUUGAAUAUUUUCGGAGGUGAAGUGUGAGCAAAUUUGACCGAAGAUAACCGGGAUUGGAUUUGGAGCUGAACUGACUCUGACACUCGAACACACAACAGGACGGAAUUUGGAUUUUGGAGGGACCCUAGAAGAAGAAAAAGAACCGCAGUUGGAAGGCUGAACACAAUCGAAAGUGGAUUAUCGUCGUGUCGUGGCAGAAGGAAGUCAGUGAUGACGCGUCGUAAGCAUCUUUACCAGCUGCUGCUGGUACUGCUCGCGGUGGUGGCACGAGCGCAGGAUGUCCUGGAAGAAGAACCGACGGCAUCCCCACAGGUGGCGUCCGCGGUAAUCGGAGCCGGCGGCAUCGGCGUUAGCGGCAACAGUAACAGCAACAGUGUCAACGCCGGAGGUCCCGGCGGAAGUUGUAGCUUUCCCGGAGCACCGGCUCACAGCACCGUGACAUUCACGGACGACGGCCUGCCGAACGGUGCCGUGGCUUCCUACUCGUGCGAGCGGGGCUUCGAGCUGCUCGGACCGGCCCGGCGCGUCUGCGACAACGGCCAAUGGGUUCCCGAGGGUAUUCCGUUUUGCGUGCUGAACGUGGCCGCCGGCAAAGCCCCGAUGCAGAUCUCGACCGAUGCCGCCGGAAUCCCACAGAAGGCCAUCGACGGAUCGACGUCUGCGUUCUUCUCGCCCGAAACAUGUUCCCUGACGAAGCCGGAACGCGUCCCCUGGUGGUACGUGAACCUACUGGAACCGUACAUGGUGCAGCUGGUCCGGCUGGACUUCGGAAAGUCGUGCUGCGGCAACGGAAAACCGGCGACGAUCGUGGUGCGGGUGGGCAACAACCGUCCGGACCUGGGUACGAAUCCGAUUUGCAAUCGGUUUACCGGUAGCCUGGAGGAAGGACAGCCCCUGUUCCUGCCGUGCAACCCGCCGAUGCCCGGAGCGUUCGUGUCGGUCCAUCUGGAAACGAGCGGCCCGAGCCAGCUGUCGAUCUGCGAAGCGUUCGUCUACACCGAUCAGGCCCUACCCAUCGAGCGGUGUCCGGCGUUCCGCGAUAUGCCCCCGGGUGCGUCCGCCUCCUACAACGGAAAGUGCUACAUCUUCUACAGCCGGCAGCCGGCUACUCUGCGCGACGCACUGGCGUUCUGCCGAUCCCGUGGCGGUACGCUGAUCAACGAGAGCAACCCGGCCCUGCAGGGCUUCAUCAGCUGGGAGCUGUGGCGCCGUCACAGGAGCGAUACCUCUUCGCAGUACUGGAUGGGAGCCGUGCGGGACACCCAGGAUCGGAACAGCUGGAAGUGGAUCGGCGGCGAUGACGUGUCGGUGUCGUUCUGGAAUCUGCCCGGAGGUGACGAGGACUGCGCACGCUACGACGGAUCCAAGGGAUGGCUGUGGAGCGAUACCAACUGUAAUACCCAGCUGAACUUCAUCUGUCAGCAUCAACCUAAGGCCUGCGGACGCCCGGAGCAGCCACCGAACUCGACCAUGGUAGCCCCGAAGGGCUUCGACGUAGGCGCCGUCGUUGAAUACAACUGCGACGAAGGACAUCUGCUAGUUGGACCAUCGCAGCGAACCUGUUUGGAAACUGGAUUCUACAACGAGUUCCCUCCCGUUUGUAAAUAUAUCGAAUGCGGUCUACCUGCGGCCAUUCCGCAUGGAUACUACGAUCUGGUGAACGGAUCCGUCGGUUAUCUGAGCUCGGUUCACUACAAGUGUAACGAAGGCUACGAAAUGGUUGGGCGAGCUUUGUUGACCUGCGACAUCGACGAACGCUGGAACGGACCGCCACCACGCUGCGAAGUUAUCGAAUGCGAACCCCUGCCGACGUUGUUCCCGAACGGAGUUGUAGUGGCACCGAACGGCACAGAUUACGGAUCCCGAGCGGAGGUUGUUUGCAACCGUGGAUACAUUCCAGAAUCUCCGGACACCAACAUUGUCUGUACGGCUACCGGUCAGUGGAGCAACCUGCUACCGAAAUGCAUUGAAGAUCCGGCUACCAAGACUACAACACCCCCUCCAACGACAACUCGUCCACCAAUUGUGAUUGUACCGACCACGACGGUUCCGGUCACCCAGUACACACAGAAGCGACCUCAGACGAGAAGACCAACAAGACCAGCUAGCCGGUUCACGACAACCACGUCUACGACUCAGUCGCCGCUGUUCAGCAUCGAGAUCGACGACGGUAACGAUAGUGACGGCUUAGACGGGUUCUACGUCGGUACUAACGAGGAUUACUCUCUCCCACCUCUAGAAAUCCGCCCGGGUCACGAAGAGGGACCCUCGCGUAAACCGUACCGCCCCGGCCAGAACACAAUACCAAAGAUCCCAGGCGCUCAUGUACCACCGCCGAAACGGCCGUCAUACUACGAACCACCAACCACUACUCCGACUACCACAACAACAACCACUACCACUACACAAACACCAUUACAAACACGCCCCACUACGACCAGUACACGGCAGACUACCACCUCGCGUUCCCCGCAGGACAUUAUCCUGUCGCAGCACCCGCAAGACAACGAAAUCGCAGGCUCCGUCAACAUCCGGCAGGAUCAAUCGCCGAAGGUCAACGUACCGUUCGCCGUCGAUAACUCGGACGCCGAAAGCACCGGCGGAGUCUAUGGCGGCAUCGGAGGCAACUCGAACCUUGGCUCCGGUUCCGGCGAUCGGAAGGAAGCCAAGAAUGCCCGCCUCAAUCUCGGAGCCAUCGUGGCGCUCGGCGCCUUCGGUGGUUUCGUAUUCCUAGCGGCCGUCAUUACCACCAUUGUGAUCGUAGUGCGAAGACACGGCAGAGAGACCAACAAGCGCUUCCAUUCUUCCAGAAACCGCCAGGCGAACCAGCACUACCGGCACCGAGCCUCGCCGGACUGCAACACCGUCGCGUCGUUCUCCAGCUCCAGUUCGGAGUCGCGCAACGGCCUCAACCGGUACUACCGGCAGGCGUGGGAAAAUCUGCACGAGUCCGCCUCCAAAGGGCACAACAGCAACAGCAACCACAGCAGCGGCCUAAAGCGGAAGGAAACGAUGGAUGCGCCACCGCCGAGCCGGUCGCGCUCGCGGGAGAACCUCGGCGGCAGCCGGUCACGCGAUCUGGACAGAUUUUUUAUCGACAGAUCCCGGGAAAACCUGUCGUCCAACCGGAGCCGGGACUACCCCCGGGAUAGCAUGGCCGUACGGGAUGGCUCCGAAAUGGUCGUAUCGGACGUGUGCGUCAAGGGUGAGAAGAAACGGCACCACCACCAUCACCACAAGAGCAGCCACCGCGGAGGCGACGGCCAGGAGCGAAGCCGCGGCGGCAACCACCGGGACAGCCGGGACGGAGACUUCCGGGAACCGAACAUCAUGGGCAGCGGAGGCAACGGAGGCGGCGGCGGCAAUGGACGCCGUGGCGACCAUCGCCACUACUGACCCCGUCGAAUGGUAAUCACUAUCAGAAUGGAAGGACCGUACAAGGACCGCCGCGACGAGGACGAGGGUCGCCGGGUUCUGAUGAGCCCACUGUGGGAGUGACCACCCAUUUACUUCAGAUGACAUCUCUUAAAGAGCUCUAAUCCCUCUCUUUUUUCCCUGUCUAAAUUUCGCCUACAGUUUCUCCUACAAUGUUGUACGUAUUUAUUUAUUAUCGAUUAGUUUCACUAGUUUUUAGAACGUUGCUCACAUUUUUUUCAGUGCAGGAAUCCAUUCCUAAAGAAUCAUUAAAACCAAAAGCACUUUAGACAGUUAUAGGUCGACCGAUAGUCAAGGCAUGAACCAUUCUUAACCAACUUAUCGUUUGACAUGUGCACCAACUCGACAUCUAUUAGUCACACACUGAAAGAAAUUUUCUUCUCAUUUUGAUUGUGAUUUACCAAGCGUUUUUGCUUUUUUUUUUUUGUUUAUUCCCUUGUUUUACCUAUUUUCCCUCUAAGUUGACAAACGCAUGACAAAAGUUAGGAAAUUUCUUUCAGAAAAAAAUCACCUUUCGAGCAAAACUUUCAAAUGGGAAUCCGAUCUUGACCGCGUCUAAACCCACGCAACGCAAACACAUAAAGGUUAACACACAAAAACACACACACACCCACACAAGCAUUCCAGACAAUUCGUCGGAUGACGUUUAGUCACGGUCGACAUUGCUACCCGUUGCACCCCCCUGUUUACCUAUCCCUCCCUCUCUUCCUCUCUUUUCCACCGGAAAAGGCUUUGUUUAUGUUACUAUUUCGUCGUUAAGUCGUUAAUUUAUUACCGUUCGUUCAUUCGUGUUUGUUCGUGUACCAUUGUUUCGAAACGAUGCGACUUUUUUCCAAAUUUGUUAUCACUUUGCGUAUUGUUAACGUUAGCCUUCAAGGAACUGAAGUGAAAAAAUAAGAAGAGUAUCACGAAGAAAAAAACAGAAAUCUGCAAAGGCUUCACCUCUCUUACAAAGAGUUUGUUAGAAAGAAGUCUUUGAAACAGAAAUGAAAAAAAAACAUGUGGAAAAUGACAGACGUAUAAGCACAAACAGAAACACACAAACACUAACAUGUAGAAAGAUUUAAAGAGACAAAGAUUAGGAGAAACGAAACCGCAGUUGCAAUAUCGAGUUCUAGUGGACAAUUAGGAAAGCAAGCAAACAAUUAUCGUUGUUUUUUAUUAGGAAAUUGAAUUAGGAAAAAAACUAAGUUGACUGUUUUCUCUACUACCCCGGGUCGAUUUUCUUCUUCUGUAGAAUUAGAGUGCCAUUACAAAGGCAAAUCAAAGGUAAAUUCACGCGCACCACCAACCCACUCAAGUAGGUUUUCUCGAUCUUAACCGUACGUCCGUCAGGAAUCAACACUAAUAUUUAGGAAACAAAAAAAAAAACAAGUAAAUGCAUUUCAGUAUUUUUCCCCCUCAAUUAAUGUUUGUUAGACUCGUUUAGACACAUUUACAUUUUUAAGGCCAAUAUUUAGGGAAAUCAAAACGCAAAAUGCGUGCGCAGCGCGCUUACAUCAGACCAGCUUCGCGCGUUAUAGGAAAUCACACUGUCUGUCUAGUUAAACACUACCCCCUAUGUAAUUGUAAAUUGGUUUAGGAGACCCCCGGAACUAACACAACCGAACCAUAAUGUUUCGGUUUGACACCACUCAACGAGACAGAGACAGAGAGAAAAGACGAGAAAAUAAACCAGGCGAAUUAUUUCAAGUGUGUAACUAACUGCUAGGAACGAAGGAUGUUUUCCUCGGUCUGAACGAGGAGGAGAACGAUCCGAACAUGUUGUAAAUAGUAAUCGUAUUUAAUAAAGGAUAAAAUAAAAAAUAAUCGAUUAAAACUAA